UUUUUUUAAUAACAAAUUUCUUCAAUUAAUUAUGGGAAACAUAAUUUCUAUUAAUAUUUUUUCUUUGGAUUUUUCCGCUUAUUUCCAACCAACUAAACCUGAAGGCCCAAAUUGGGCAUAUUACUCAUUUUUCCUAAUCCUUCUUGUAUUAAUAGGCUUAACAAUAAAUUAUGUCUACAAACAUUUAAAAUUCGUCCAUAAACAAAACCAUAGGCAAACCAACAAAAAAUCCAAAAGCCCUUCCACUCAUACAACAAAUACUAAGCCUGUUAAAACAUUAAUAAAACAAUUUGAAUUGUCUUCAAUUUGUAUAAUAUUUUUCCUCAUUUUAUUCUUACCACCCCCUGCCCUCCCAUCUCCAAAAAGAAAAGGAAAAUACACAAUAAGUAAAAUCUUCAAAACGGUUGGAAAACCAACCGCAAAACUUUCGCUACCAAUUUUGGCUAGCUCGGCCCUCUAUUUUGGUAUGGAAUCCCUCUCCUCAUUUAUCCAAGAACACCCAGAAUCAUCGGCAGCCAUAUUUUCCCUUUUAGGCUGCUUUGUCUCAUUAUUUAUACUGCUUAUUUUAAAAUUAGCUACUUUAUUACAUAAAUAUUUUUCUCGGCCCCAAUCCCCUCAAAUUGAUCAACCGAUAGAAAUGUCGGAAAUUAGAAAUAAUUUAGAAGAAUUAAUACUCCGUAGCGACCCUCCCCGCCCUCCUACCUCUCAAUAA